AUGUCGUACACGUUCAACACGCAGCCCAUCGUCACGCCGGCGAAGAAGAAGGACUCCCGCAAGGACGCCGCCGACGCCGCCGUGAGGCACUGCACCCCGCUCUCGUCGAGGGAGCGCGGCGCGGGGACGGCCGCCGUCGCCGUGGACGGCGACAGGGGCAGCCAGUACGCGCUCAAGUGGGCCGCCGACCACAUCCUCGCCCGCGGCCAUCCCUUCUUCCUCAUCCACGUCCGCCGCAAGCCCACCUCCUUCCACGCCCACGGGGGGAAGCAGUUCUCCAUAUCGCACGUGCAGGAUCAUGUUCCGGCCGCUUUUCAGGCUCAGGUCGAUCUUCAUGCUAAAGAUCUGAUGCUUCCCUUCCAGUGUUUCUGCAGCAGGAGAGGGUUGCAAUGCAGUGAAAUUGUCCUGGAUGGAACAGAUGUGGCGAAAGCUAUUGUCGAUUUUGUUGUGAGAUACAAGGUCGACAAGUUAGUAUUGGGGGCAGCAUGCAGAAAUGCAUUUACAAGAACAAUAUGGAAAUUGGAUGUGCCAACAUCUGUCACAAAAUCCGCACCGAGCUCCUGUUCAGUGUAUGUGAUAGCAAAAGGAAAGAUUUCUUCUUUUAGGCCUGCCACUUAUGCAGAUGAUAACAGCAAAGAAGAUUUGAAAUCUGAUCUACCUGUCAAACAACUAGAAGGUGAACCAACAGACAAGUUGCAUGAUGGGCAUGAUCCAUCAAAGCCUAUGCCAGCACGUGCCGUGAUGCCCAUUUAUGCCAGUUCUGAUGGAUCAACGGGAGACGGGAGCCUCCUGUCAUCAGAUCAACGAGGACAUAGCGACUCUUCAUCUCUACAAACAGCAUCUUCAUGCCCAAGUGAAUUCUUUAACGACAUUGAUCAACAUGGCAAUCAUUUGUCAUCAGAUGCUCAUAGUGCACUAAAUCAUGGACACAGCGUCUACAGUCCAUUGUUGCCAACCACAUGCUCUGAAUCAAAUUGUCACCAUUUAACAGAAGAAGAUGACGCUGAACUAAGUCUCUUUAAGAUUGAAAGGAACCAAAACAAUAGCGAUAUGCUUCCGUGGAAGUACAUAGAGGAACACAAGGAGCCGCCAAGAAACCUGGAAAGUUCCUCUUCCAACCUUCCAUCUCAGAGGAACAGACCGGAUGUAGAACCAUGCAGUCAGUCAGCAAUUGGCCCAAAGCAUAAACACUUGAGCCUUGACACUUUAUCUUCUGACAGUCAACGCAGAGAAAGAAUCAACGAGGAAUUUACAGAUCAUAAUUACCAUGAUAUCACUCAACCGCUGUUGAGACGCUGGCCACCGAUUCAGUCACCUAGAGACGACAAUAUAGGUGGAUCUGCUCCAGAAGAGCCUCACAUGCUUCCACUCACCCUUAAAGCCUUGCCAAGGCCAAUCGAGACGAAACGGAUGCUGGAGUGUCUCCCUACAAGACUCGAAUGCAAAAUAUACAAGCCUGAUGAUAUCACGAACGCGACUGAGCAUUUCUCUGAUGAGCUGAAGGUUGGGGAAGGAGGCUACGGACCAGUCUACAAAGCGACACUUGACGGCACUGUUGUGGCCAUCAAGAUCCUCUAUUCUAAUGUAACUCAGGGACUGAAGCAGUUUCAACAGGAGGUUGAGCUGCUGAAUAACAUUCGGCACCCGAACAUGGUGCACCUGGUUGGCGCGUGCCCGGAGUACGGCUGCCUGGUGUACGAGUACAUGCCGAACGGCAGCCUGGAGGACCGCCUCUUCUGCCGUUCCGGCACGCCGCCGCUGCCGUGGCCGCUCCGCUUCAAGAUCGCCGUGGAGAUCGCGAGCGGCCUGCUCUACCUGCACAAGAUGAAGCCCGAGGCGUUCGUCCACCGCGACCUCAAGCCGGGCAACAUCCUUCUGGACGCCCACUUCGUCUCCAAGAUCGGCGACGUCGGGCUGGCGCGCAUCAUCCCACGGUCCAUGGACGGCGCCGCCGCGACGACGCAGUACCGGGAGACGGCGGCGGCGGGCACCUUCUGCUACAUCGACCCGGAGUACCAGAAGACGGGGCUGGUGUGCACCAAGUCCGACGUGUACGCGCUGGGCGUCAUCUACCUGCAGAUGGUCACCGCCAGGGAGCCCAUGGGGCUCGCGUACACCGUCUCCGACGCGCUGGAGGAAGGCACGUUCGCCGACGUCCUGGACGGCAACGUGACCGGCUGGCCGGUGCGGGAGGCCCAGGCAUUCGCCGAGCUGGCGCUCAAGUGCUGCGAGAUGCGGCGCCGGGACCGCCCGGACCUGGAGACAGUCGUGAUGCCCGAGCUGAUCCGGCUGCACCGGCUCGUCUCGCCGGCGGAAUACUCUUCUCCUCCUCCUCCUUCCAUGGAUCAUGCUCAUCACCGUUCAGCAAGUGAGAAGGAUUUGCAUUUGGAUGAUGACCUGGUACACAUCCUGAGCGAUGCGAGCAUGAAGGGAGGAAUAUCAUUUGCAAUAUAAACAAACAUCAUGAGGACCAGAAGUAGGUCUAAUUGUACUACGUGCUUUCACUGGAAUCUGCAGUGGUUUCUAUGAUUUUUUUUUGUAAAUACCGCCUUAGCCCGGCAAUUUUGGGGAUCAUUUUGCUUGGAAUUAUGCCAUGAUCAUUUUGGAUGAUGCUUUGAAUUUUAUACAC